AUGAGAGCUGACGAUGAUUUAGAGUUUUCUCAAUGGGUAUUAAAGGUAGGCGAUGGAUCAGCUAAUGAAGAUGUAAACGACCACAUUGAACUGCCUCAGCGAUGCAUUGUAGAUAAUUCAAUUUUGGACCAUAUUUUUGGUGCUUCCCUUAACAUGAAUGAUUAUAAAAGUUAUUCAAGGAAAGUUAUCCUUACUCCCAAAAACGAUGAUUGUUCUCAAUUAAACGACCAAGUAAUCGAAAAAAUUUCUGGCCUGCUUAAAAUUUAUGAGAGUUCUGAUGCUGUGGUUGAGGAAGAUCGUAAUGAUGUUUUAAACUAUCCUGUAGAAUUCUUAAAUUCUAUAACGCCUGCAGGACUACCACCACACAUUCUAAAAUUAAAAGUUGGUUGUAUAAUAAUGCUUUUGAGAAAUUUAAACCCGACUGUUGGGUUGUGCAACGGAAUCCGUCUUAUUGUUAGAGCGUUGGCUUCACGUGUCAUUGAUGCCGAAAUCAUUUGUGGUAGCCAUGUGGGAACCAGAGUUUUUAUUCCUCGAAUUCGUCUCCAGCCAUCUAACAGUCAACUGCCUUUUAAAUUUAUUCGGCUUCAGUUAGCAUUCGCUAUGAUAAUAAACAAAAGCCAGGGACAAACUUUCGACAAAGUCGGUAUAUUUUUACCUAAUCCUGUGUUCACCUAUGGCCAGCUCUAUGUUGCCCUUUCUCGAGUUCGAAGAUUCGAUGAUUUAAAAAUUCAAAAUUUUAUCAAUACCACUGAACAAGGCUUGACAGGUGAUAAAUAUUUAACAAAAAUGUGA